AUUACAGAAAAGAUUUUUCACGGUUUGUCCCCGGAUUACCCACCCUUCUUGGGAAACGCAAUUUUCUCUCUAUAUAGAAAGGCAUUUCUGCGAGUCCCCAGGGAGAGAUAUUAUUGCAGGAAAGAAGCAGAAGUGAUUGGGGGUUUGGAGCUCAGAGUUAAGCGAAAAUGGAGGGAAUUGAUUACCAUGACGGGGAGCGAAGCAAGGCUGAGUUCGAUGUAGAAGAAAUGAAGAUCGUCUGGGCGGGGUCUCGGGAGGUCUUCGAGGUGUCGGAUCGGAUGGGGAGGCUCGUCGCCAGCGACGAGGUCUUUCGAAAAGAUAACAGAACCAUGCUAAGUAGGAAAGACUUGUUUAAAAAUACACUGAGAAAGGCGGCACAUGCAUGGAAACGGAUUAUUGAGCUCCGUCUUUCUGAACAAGAGGCAUCAUGGUUAAGGUUUUAUAUUGAUGAACCUGCUUUUACAGAUCUUCAUUGGGGAAUGUUUGUACCUGCUAUAAAAGGACAGGGCACUGAUGAGCAGCAACAGAAGUGGUUGCCAUUGGCAUAUAAGAUGCAAAUAAUUGGCUGCUAUGCACAAACUGAACUUGGUCAUGGCUCCAAUGUUCAAGGGCUUGAAACAACUGCAACAUUCGAUUCCCAGUCUGACGAGUUUGUCAUUCAUAGUCCUACAUUGACUUCAAGCAAAUGGUGGCCUGGUGGACUGGGUAAAGUAUCCACACAUGCUGUUGUUUAUGCACGGCUCAUAACUGAUGGUCAGGACCAUGGAGUGCAUGGUUUCAUCGUCCAGCUGCGGAGUUUGGACGAUCAUUUACCUCUUCCGGGCAUAACUAUCGGUGAUAUUGGUAUGAAAUUUGGAAAUGGAGGAUACAACAGCAUGGACAAUGGAGUUUUAAGAUUUGAUCAUGUGCGCAUUCCAAGGGAUCAAAUGUUGAUGCGGGUCUUCCAGGUUACAAGGGAAGGCAAAUGUGUGCAAUCUAAUGUUCCCCGGCAGCUUGUUUAUGGGACUAUGGUAUUUGUGCGACAAACCAUUGUAUCUGAUGCUUCCUCUGCUUUGUCACGGGCAGUUUGUAUUGCUACUAGGUAUAGUGUUGUUCGUAGACAAUUUGGUUCACAGAAUGGUGGACCUGAAACACAGGUGAUUGAUUACAAAACUCAGCAAAGUAGGCUCUUUCCUUUGCUGGCUUCUGCCUAUGCUUUCAGAUUUGUGGGUCAGUGGUUGAAAUGGCUAUAUAUGGAUGUGACCCAAAGAUUGCAAGCCAAUGAUUUCUCAACAUUGCCUGAAGCUCAUGCCUGCACAGCGGGUUUGAAGUCUUUGACUACAUCUGCAACUGCUGAUGGGAUUGAAGAAUGCCGAAAACUAUGUGGUGGCCAUGGUUACCUAUGUAGUAGUGGGCUUCCCGAGUUAUUUGCCGUAUAUGUCCCUGCCUGUACAUAUGAAGGAGACAAUAUUGUGCUGCUUUUACAGGUUGCGAGGUUUCUCAUGAAGACUGUUUCUCAGCUUGGGUCUGGAAAACAGCCUGUUGGCACCACAGCUUAUAUGGGGCGAGUUGCGGAUUUGAUGCAAUGUUGUUGUGCUGUUCAAAGAGCUGAGGAUUGGUUAAAUCCUAGUGUAAUACUGGAGGCAUUUGAAGCAAGGUCUGCCAGGAUGUCUGUAGCGUGUGCUCAAAAUCUAAGCAAGUUUGCAAAUUCAGAAGAAGGCUUUGCUGAACUAUCAACUGAUUUAGUGGAGGCGGCUGUUGCACAUUGCCAAUUGAUUGUUGUUUCCAAGUUCAUUGAGAAAUUGCAAGAGGACAUCCCUGGAAAGGGGGUUAAACGACAAUUAGAGAUUCUGUGUAACAUCUAUGCCUUGUACCUUCUUCACAAAUACGUGGGUGAUUUCCUCUCCACCAGUUGCAUCACUCCCAAGCAAGCAUCACUUGCAAAUGAGCAGCUCAGAUCCCUAUAUGCCCAGGCCCGUCCAAAUGCCAUUGCCCUUGUUGAUGCAUUUAACUACACUGAUCACUAUCUUAGUUCUAUUCUGGGCUGCUAUGAUGGAAAUGUGUAUCCAAAACUCUACGACGCAGCAUGGAAGGACCCUCUUAAUGCGUCAGUUGUACCUGAUGGCUACCAGCAAUACAUUCGACCAAUGCUGAAGCAACAGCUCCGGAACGCCCGGCUCUGAUCGAAAGAUGUCUGAAAACUAGUAGUCAUAUAUUAUGAUGAUUAGAUUAAUCCUAAUAAAGGCUACUUGGUCGAUGACCACUCACCCAGAAGGGAAGGUAUGGUAUAUCGAGCAGCUCUUUGUAUGAAAUUCGAAGAGAACCUUGGUUAGUAGAUUAUUUCUGAGUGCUUGAAGUUAUUGGCAGAAUAAUAUUUUAUUUGUGGAUGGAUAAUAGAUGUUUAAUAAUAUAACUUAUCAUAUUCACAUAUCUUCCA